CAUGUGCUCGCAGCAUGGCUAUCAUGCAGUCUUGUUGCUGCUGGCAGUCUGUACGGAGAGGCAGCUACGCCUGUGCCAUUUACACCACCAUAUACUUCACGUUGUUAGCAUCGACUACCGGAAUGCUUCUUUGGGAGGAGAGUCAGUAUCUAAAAGGAAUUGUUUCCCUACCGGAAUCGGCCAGCUUUCUGGAAUCAGGGACGAUAUCGCCGACGACGGUUCAAUUCAACGGAAUGAUGCUUAUCUGCUCCUGCUGCGGCGUGCUGUGCAGCCUUCUUCUUUUGUACGGCUUAUACAAGGAUCACAAGAUGUUGCUGAUACCAUGGAUCAUCACAGUCAUGACGUGUUGCAUCACCGAUAUAGCACAUUCCUUAUAUAUGUUCAUCGUCACACCUGACUUUAAUCCAACGAAACUUAUGCUCUACACGCUAAAUUUCUUUCUACUUUGUUUAAAUAUAUACGCGUUGCUAUGUGUCAUCUCGCAAUAUCAAGAAUAUUCCUCUGGUCGCGGCACCGCUGCACACGAUUACAGGGUUCCAGUAGUGAGAUACGUAACUCAGCCAACGACUACAACCGCCACUACGUCCUGUCUAAGUUCACGAAGAGGCAUAACUAAUAAUGAAACAAAAGCAACACCGACUCAAAGCCCCACAGCGAGUCACAAUCUUCUGUUAUCGGAGAAAAGUCCUACCGGGAGUCGAGUAUCGAGGAAGCACGUCCAGUUUCCAGAUAAUACAUCGUCAUCGCCGAGUCAGAUAGAGAGGCCAGAAACGCCAGUAGCAGAGAUUCCAAUAAAACAUUCACCGAAAACUGAGUAUAAUACGAGGACUUGGCUGCAACCUAAUGAUGCUAUAACGAUCGUGGUUAAUCAAUCCUUACCGUCGAGCGACGAGGAACACAAUCAUUGCUCAUGA